CAGUCGGCAGCCAGCCCGGAUCUCGCUUGGGCUGCGCUCGGCAGGGAAGGGAAGAUGCUGCGCUUUUCUGGAUCUUGGCUGCUUCUGGUAGCUGCUGCUCUUGGCGGGGUCGGGGCGGCGCCGCCGAAGCACGAGGUGGGCUACCUGCCGGGGCUGGCUAAACAGCCCUCCUUCCGCCACUACUCGGGCUACCUGGAUGUGGACCAAGACAAGCAUCUGCACUACUGGUUUGUGGAGGCACAGGGCCCUGACGCAGCGGACAAGCCCCUGGUGCUGUGGCUGAACGGCGGGCCCGGCUGCAGCUCCGUCACCGGCCUCCUGACCGAGCACGGGCCCUUCACGAUUCAGGAGGACGGUGCCACCCUGGAGUACAACGACUAUGCCUGGAACAAGCUCGCCCACAUUCUGUACCUGGAGUCUCCCGUCGGCGUCGGCUACUCCUAUUCGGACGGCAAAGACUACCGGACAAACGACACUGAGGUGGCCCGAGUAAACUACCUCGCCCUAAAGGCCUUCCUUCGCCUCUUCCCGGAGUACUGUGGCAAGGACCUCUACCUCACCGGCGAGAGCUACGGGGGCAUCUACAUCCCCACCCUGGGUGUGCUGGUCAUGCAGGACCCCAGCCUCAACUUGAAGGGACUUGCCGUGGGCAACGGCCUCUCCUGCUACGAAACCAAUGACAACUCUCUGGUGUACUUUGCCUACUACCACGGCCUUCUGGGUACCAGGCUGUGGACAGACCUUCAGAAGUUCUGCUGCCCCAAGGGGAAAUGCAACUUCCACGACAGCUCCAGUGUGAAUUGCACCCUUGCUAUGGUAGAGGUGAUCCGCAUCGUGGAUGAGUCUGGCCUUAAUAUCUACAACCUCUAUGCCCCGUGUGCCGGUGGAGUGCCCGGAAGCUUCAGGUACCACGAUGGGAAGCUGGUCACCCACGACCUGGGCAACAACUUCAUCAGGCAGCCAAUGCGUUACUCUUGGAGGCAGAAUCUGCUGGCGAUGCCCGUGGGCAAGAAGGGGGUGCGGCUCGACCCCCCCUGCACCAACACCACCGCCCCCUCCAACUACAUGAACGACCGGCAGGUGCGCAAGGCCCUGCACAUCGCUGACGAUGCCCCCCAGUGGGAGAUGUGCAGCUUUGACGUGAGCCGGGGCUAUAAGCGCAUCUUCAGCAAGAUGAACGACCAGUACCUGAAGCUGUUGGGCACCAUGAAAUACCGCAUCCUGCUGUACAACGGGGACGUGGACAUGGCUUGCAACUUCCUGGGUGACGAGUGGUUCGUGAACUCCUUGAACCAGAAGGUGGAAGUCAGCCGUCGGCCCUGGAUCUACACAGACGGGAACGGUCAGGACCAGAUUGGGGGCUUUGUGAAGGAGUUCACCAACAUCUCAUUCCUCACCAUCAAGGGUGCAGGCCACAUGGUGCCCACAGACAUGCCACGAGCCGCCUUCAACAUGUUUGAGCGCUUCAUCAACAAGAAGCCCUUCUAGCGCAGGGGCCCUCUGUCUCCGGCACCCGGGGUGCUGCGUCUCCAUCUCUCCCCCAGCGGGGCUGCUGCUGCUGUUGUCGCGAUCGCAAAGUGUGGUGACUGCAAAGGCCGGAUCCUGCACUCCCAGCUCCCAGCCGGGGCAGCUCCCAGCACUGACUCUGCCCCCACCCUGAAGGCACCCUGGGCUUCCCUGGUGGUCGGGGAGGGGUGUGUGUCUGGGCCGGGGCUCCCCUUCUCGCUUUCUCUUUUGCACUGUCUCUGGGUGGGGCAAAGAGGCCUCUGCAGGGGUCUCCGUUCUCAGCCCCAGUUCUCAAUCACUUCAGAGGAUGAAGGAACCGGAAUUGCGGGUCACAAGGGCAGCCUGGCUGGGCCAGGGUUUGGCUGCACCCCCAAUCGCUGGAACUCGGGUGGGCGGGGGGUGCAGGGAAUGCGAUUAAACCGUUUUCCUGAGGA